GGCCUCUAACAGGACGAGUUAGCCCGUUACAAGCCUUGGUUUCAAUUUCCAGUUGAAGACAAUUCUCAGCUUUAAUUAGGCAAUCUAAUUAAUACAUUUUACUUUGUAAUUACGGUUAAUUUGUAUGAGAAAAAGAAAAACGAAACUGAUAUAUUAACUAGAAAGGUUUAAGAUAUUUGCCCGCUAUAAUUCUGUUAUUCUGUUAUUCUGUUGGUUAAAAAGCAACUAUAGAAUUACACUGUACGACUCCCAAUCCCUUUGUGUUUUUUUUUAAUGACUUAAUAGUUGAAUUAUACAUUAUAAUUCCGCUAUUCUGCUCGUAUAUUAUUACUAACCAUUGAGAAAAAACAAAAAGAAAGAAAGAAAGACUGAAAGACAGAAAAAAAGGGACAGAAAGAAAAAAAAACACGAUAGAAUAAAGAAAGAAAGAAAAUCUAGAUACAAUUCUGUUAUUCUGUUCGUUAAUACAUUCCGCGCUCAUGCUCUGAAUCAUCAUCAGCAGCAGCAACGAUUUGUUGCUACAUGUCCUGAGAGGAGAAGAAAAAAUAAACAGAGAAAAACUGCCGCUAAUUCAAACUUCAAUCCAUAUUUUCGUCAUUCCUUCACCAUAUCUUUUUUUUCUUGUAUUCAUUAUUCAUUCCAUUCUUACUAUCUUACUACAAACCAGAUUAUUCUCUAAUUCUUCUUCUUCGAUCCUUUUGUUUUUUUUUAUUAUUCUGGUAAUCCCUUUUGUCGACAUCGUUUUGCGGAAAUAUUACCAUGGAAGAAGAAGACACAGAAGUCGGAUAUUUGGUUUUGGAGCCUUGUGACUUUUGUGGCCGCAAGUUUAACGUAAAAGUAAUUCCAAAACAUCGGAAAAUAUGUUCCAAGGUUUCAACGAAGAAGAGGAAAAUCUUUGAUUCCACAAAGCAACGAGCUGAGGCCCUAAACCUAACUACAAAUCAAGUGAAACAAAAUUUGAAAAAGGAAAUUCCAAUACCUAAGUCCAACUGGAGAGCCAAACACGAAGACUUUAUUAAUUCCAUCCGCAAUGCAAAGAAGGUGACCCAGGCUUUGGCUGAGGGAAAGCCUCUUCCGCCUCCUCCACCUCCAUUAGCUAAUGCAGAUUAUAUCCAAUGUGAAUUUUGUGAGAGAAGGUUCAACAAGGCUGCUGCUGAAAGACACAUCAAUUUCUGCAGAGAACAACACCAAAGAAUAAAAUCUAAACCUGCUCCUAAGAAUAAAAUUAAAUCACAGCAUGAAAUCGGUAAACCGAAGUCUAGGUUUGACUCUUCGGUGCUUAAUUUCAAAUCAAAUUCCUCUGCUACAACUAAUUCUUCAGCAAAACUAAUUAAUUCUAAAUCACAACAAGAGCGUUCCGGAUUACGUCGUCCAGGUUUCACAUCUCGUAUGCCAUCAGCACCGUCUAAUGAUUACAAUGGGAAAAUUAUGCAACAGAGAACUGAUGAGUUGGACAGCAAUGGAGUUAACUAUGCUGCAACAGGACCCGCUUUAAGAACAGGACGGACUGGUAAAAAUUAUACAGAUGCCAAACGUGACGCCAAAGCUGGAAACGGAUGUAUAAAGGUCAUGAGUGGACUGUCAAUGGGGAGAUCAGCUCCUGGGCAGAGGGCAUUACCGAAUUCUCUGAACAGAACUGUGACCAAUCGAUACUUACUGAACAAGGCCUCCGAUUCCAGCAACAACACCAACUCUUCCAAUAUGAACAGCAGUCGAUUCAUGUGUCACCAUUGCGACAGUGAAUACCCCAUAAGUACGGCCAAAUAUUGUUGUGAAUGUGGCGUGAAAAGACUUACUCUCACUUAGUAUUCCCUGCUGGGACGGACAGACAGACAGACAGAAAAGAGACAAGCGUUGUCGAUUAAUGAAAUGGUUGUGUUUAUAUCCUUUAAGCCAUCCGGAAACGAGAGAUGGAAACUCAAAGUGGGUCCCAGAGCCAAAGACCGAAAUAAUUCCUGUUGUUAUAUCAAGAAAAUGCCUCACCUCCCACCUUUUUGCUGUUUAGCAAUCAGCUUUUGAUAUGAUAAUGAGAUGGCAUAACAAGGGAAAGAAAGAGAGGACGAAAGAAUGACAGGCAGACAGACAAUGAAGACUCUCAAUGUAUCAAGCACUCUAUGUAUUUUCCACUCAGUCUAUUCCAUUCAGGAAAUAUAUAUAGAGGAAUAUUUAUGGUUUUAUAUAGUUAUAGUUUAUA